AUAUAAACCGCGUGUUUCGCGAACAAAGAGUGUCGAGAUCAGUGUUCUUGUGGGAAAGACAGAGGGCAGAAAAUGGGGAGUGUUAAACUUUACGUCGGUGGUCUACCGUUCAGGUUUUCCGAAGAUGACUUACGACUCAUGUGUGAAAAGUAUGGUGACAUAGAAGAUGCCUUCAUUGUAUUUGACAAGACCUCUGACCGGCCUAAAUCGAAGGGCUUUGGGUUUGUGACUUUCGUUGACCAGGCAUCUGCAGAUGAUUGCUUGGGAGCCCUUGAUGGAACUGACCUAGAAGGAAGAGUAUUGGCAGUUGAAUAUGCAAAAUCUUCAAAUAGUGGUGGCGGCAGAGGAGGAGGACGUGGAGGUGGCAGAGGUGGAGGAAGAGGGUUUGGAGGUGGAGGUGGAAGGGGUAGAGGUGGAGGUCGUGGUGGUGGUGGAGGAAGAGGUGGAGGAUAUGGUGGAGAUAGAGGUGGCUAUGGAGGAGGUAGAGGGAGAGGUGGGGGCUCAAGAGGAGGUUAUGGAGAUGGUGGAGGAAGAGGAGAAUAUGGUGGUGGGAGAGGGGGCUAUGGUGGAGGAAGGGGUAGUUAUGGUGGAGGAAGAGGUAGUUAUGGAGGUGGAAGUAGGUAUGAUGAAGGAUAUGGUGGUGGAUAUGGGGAAGACUAUUAUGGAGGUGGUGGAGGAGGCCGUGGUGGAGGUGGAGGUGGUCGCGGCUAUAGUGGUGGUGGCGGCUAUAGAUACUAGGUUCAUAUGUAAAUAUCUCAUGGGCUCCUGGUCUUAGAUGGAACUAGUAUUGGUCUUGCUGUGUAUUCUUAAGUGGUCAACAACUAAGCUGGGCACAAGAUAAUGACUGACUGUCAGUGAUCAAAUAGGUACAUUUCAACGAUAGUCUCUUCUAGCACAUUAAGAGUCAACUAUAACAAUGACUGGUCUGCUGUUCUGCUGGUCUAAAACCUUUGAAACUGUUACAAUAAAAGUGGAGAUAUAGGAAACUUCAGUGCAUUGCUUGAGGAGGAUAUUGGUCCAUUGUUGGAUUGAAGAUGAAACUGACUUGUUACAAGUGCUUGCAUUAAUUUGGUCGGAAUUUCCUAGUUAAAAGUAUCAAGAAGAAACAUGGGCUGUAUGAAAAGUUUUCUAUGAGCAAACAAAAAGUUCCUUCAAAAGUCCUAGAUGCUUUAUCAAUAUUACACGCUGUCUGCUGGUCUUAUACCACUGGUAAAAAUGCUCAUGAAGAUUCUUCAGGAGCAUAUCAAAGAAUUAUCUGCAACAGGUUGUGGCUUAUUUGUGAUGGUCUCAAAUUUUAGCAAGGCAUACGACACAAUUUCAGAGACAAAAGGGCUGGUCACAGACCUUACUUAUAUUCAAUUCUACCUCAAAUUGAUCAGAUUUGUUAAGAGCUAAUAGCAAAUUGUCAUAAAUGAUCUUGGUCUUUAAGCAGUCAAACUUUAUUGCAAGAGUUGUUUCUUUGCUUUCACUUUGCCCAGAUUGAACUAGUUGGUAGCAUACUAGAUUUUC